GCCUUGCGCCAUGAACUUAACAAACUCCUCGAUGAAGGCUCCAUUUUUGAUCCAACCGUCUUUUCGCCUUCGCAAUAUGAAACCUGGAUCAUAAGAUCAAAGCUUCCGCCUCUCUCUCGGGGCGCUGUCUCCCUUCGCCUCGCCUUUACCGACAUGGAAGCGUUAACGAAACGCCAUUUCUUCCACCAUGGCAAGCUUGAUCCCGAAGCCCAGAAAGCUCUGAACUGCCACUUGUGCCAGAUUCGCUCCUUUGCAACAUACAAGCCUAUCCCGAUAACGAUAGUGAACGAAACCAAUGACGGCGCAACUCUCCCACCCGAUUUCCGCUUCAUCGAACGCUCGGUGCUGACCGCGGGCGUCGAGGAGGCUGAGGAGUCCUUCCGCACAGGAUGCGACUGCGUCGACGACGAGGACUGCAUGUACAGCAGCUGUCUGUGCCUCGAAGAGAUGGCGCCGGACAGCGACGAGAGCGACAACGACGACGGGCUUGAGGGACGGCCGCGGAGGAAGCGGUUCGCCUACCACUCGCACGGCGCCAAGGCAGGGGUGUUACGGAGUAGGAUUCUGGACAGCCGCGAGCCCAUCUACGAGUGCCACACGGGUUGCAAGUGCUCACUGCGGUGCCCCAACCGGGUGGUGGAGCGGGGCCGGACGGUGCCGCUGCAGAUCUUCCGCACCGACAAUCGCGGCUGGGGGGUGCGUUGCCCCGUCGACAUCAAGAAGGGCCAGUUCGUCGACCGAUACCUGGGGGAGAUCAUCACGGGCAAGGAGGCGGACCGGCGGCGCGCGCACUCCGACAUCUCCCAGCGCAAGGACGUGUACCUGUUCGCGCUGGACAAGUUCUCGGACGAGGACUCGCUCGACCCGCGCCUCGCCGGCCCGCCCCUCGAGGUGGAUGGGGAGUUCAUGAGCGGGCCGACGCGGUUCAUCAACCACAGCUGCGAGCCCAACAUGCGCAUCUUCGCGAGGGUCGGAGACCACGCGGACAAGCACAUCCAUGACCUGGCGCUGUUCGCCAUUAGGGAGAUACCCCGGGGCGAGGAGCUGACGUUUGACUACGUGGAUGGGCUGGAGGAGAUGGAGAGCGAUGCUCAUGACCCGAGCAAGAUGCAGAGCAUGACGCCCUGCCUCUGCCAAAGUCGGUCUUGUAGAGGAUUCCUGUGGUAGACGGCAUUUUGGGCAAGGGCUUAUCUACCCACAUAGGUGCUCACGAAUUCUCCCUGUAUGGUUUUUACUGAGCCCUCUGUUGAAGGUUAAGUACUGAUAAUGAUUUUACGACUAAUCUCUCUACUUGGUCGAAAUCCGGUCAUAAACCCCAACUCAGUAACCUCAAACCCAUCUCGUGCCUAUGACUGGAUUCGUGGAAGGCUAAGGUCUUGGCACGACCCUUUAUUGAAGUCCCCUGUCGCCUGACAUCCUACCUUCUUUGAGAUCAUGCACUUGCUGUGUGUAUUGACGAAUGCAAGCGGGUGGAGCUUUAAAGUGCCAAGGUCCUCUUGCUGGGUUGUUACUAGCGUUCACUACCAACUCAGACAGGC